AUGGCUGCCGUUCCUCUUUCUGGAGCAAAGACAUACAGCAUUGCUGCGAUCCCCGCAGAUGGCAUCGGAGCGGAGGUCGUAGACGCCGGCAUUUCCGUACUCCGGGUAUUAUCGCGGACUCUAGGCACGUUUGGGAUUGAGUUUGAAAACUACGAUUGGAGCUCGGAGCGCUAUAAAAAGACGGGCCAGUACAUGCCGGACGAUGCGCUGGACCAGCUACGAAAGCAUGAUGCCAUCUUGUUUGGCGCAGUCGGGGCUCCUGACGUUCCGGACCAUAUUUCGCUAUGGGGACUGCGUCUGGCAAUCUGCCAGCCUCUGCAACAGUACGCCAACGUGCGGCCGACCCGCAUCUUGCCUGGCACCCAGUCUCCUCUGCGCCGGUGCGGACCAGGUGACUUGGACUGGGUUAUCGUCCGCGAGAACAGCGAAGGCGAGUACGCUGGGCAAGGCGGACGGUCUCAUGUCGGUCAAGCUUGGGAGACGGCGACCGAAGUGUCAAUAUUCACACGUCACGGUAUAACGCGCAUCAUGCGGUUCGCCUUUGAAGUUGCGCAGAAGCGCCCGAGGAAGUUGCUGACCGUCGUGUCAAAGAGCAAUGCGCAGAGAAACGGGAUGGUGCUGUGGGAUGAAGUGGCGACGGAGGUAGGCCAGGAGUAUCCCGAUGUGACAGUGGAUAAGAUGCUGGUGGACGCCAUGACUGUGCGAAUGGUGGAGAAGCCAAAGUCGUUGGAUACAAUCGUUGCCACCAAUCUUCACGCUGAUAUUCUGUCCGAUCUGGCCGCGGCAUUGGCGGGGUCCAUCGGCAUUGCGCCGACGAGCAACUUGGAUCCUACUCGUCAGAAUCCCUCCAUGUUUGAGCCCAUCCAUGGCUCCGCGUUUGACAUCACGGGCAAAGGCAUUGCCAACCCGGUGGCGACGUUUUGGACAGCGGUGGAGAUGCUGGCCUGGCUUGGCGAGCAAGAGGCGUCGGAGAAAUUGAUGAAGGCGAUAGAAAAGGUUUGUGAGAGUGGCAUUACGACGUGCGAUCUUGGUGGUACGGCGACAACGAAGCAGGUUACAGAGGCUGUUAUUAGAGAGAUUGGGGAGGCAAGUGGUUGA